AUGCCUCCGUCUGAAUUUGAAGGGGGACGUCGACGCGUUGCCAGUAGGGACGGUCUGAAGACGUCCUUCUCUAAACCGUUCACGUCGCACGGUCAAAAGCCCUCCUUGACCUCAAUAAGCCCAAUUGAGCCCUACAACCCUGAUAUCGACUACAUGAUGGAGCCUGCCGUUGAUGGUCCACCCUCGCCUGAGCGCCUUCGCCAGCUCAGCAACCAGAUGAAACGAGCUUCAAACAUGAACCGGACCCAAGGCCACCGAGCCGUUUCGUCUUCUUCCUCGCCUCGCCGUGCCAUGGGCAUUGAUAGACCCCAAUGGGAACAGUCAAUCGAGAACGCAUCUUCUUUAACCCGCCGUUCUUCCAGCCGUUCUAGCGAUAGCAAUGCGCCUUCUCGAGGUCGCUCAGAGCGAGAGAGCGUGCAAGCACUUGGCCGCAACUUUUUCCAGCGGAGCAACACCGCAACUUCUCAGAUGUCCAAGCGCGCAAGCAGCCCGUACAGCUCGUCUGGCAGCUCCAUGUACUCGGCUGAGGUACCUAACGAGACUGGCUUCAAAGAUUCAAUCAUCCCCAAUAUUUUCACGAGGAGAAAGCAGUCGCGUGAUGACAGCGCCCAGAGAAAGCUUCAGAUAUCAGGCCCUUUCAACUUCCAGCACGUCACACACACGAAUCGGGGCCAUUUGUCCACCAUUCCGUCAGAUAUAUCAGACUUGGGCGUUUGUGGCGACGCGGUCUCGUCGGCUGGCGUUCCAGGCCUUGGCCUACACGAUGCUCCAUUCUUCAAAGGAUCAUCCGAAUCCCUAGACACAGAACCGUCUCUGUCGGCACCACCAUCCCGGGCAUCCUUCGUUCCACGCCACGCUCUGCCAGUCACUGGACCCAGAAGAAUGCUCAAGACCGCUAAGUCGCAAGAUCAACUUCGCUCAAUGGCCACUUCACCUCCUUUAUCAUCGGAUUCGUCUGAUGUGCCUUCACCCCCUGUGCCACCCAGGUCAUCGAGUCGUCAAUCUGCUCUGCCAGACACGCUUGGUUCAGCAGCUUCUCGCGCAAUGCAAGCGGCUGGUUUCCGCCAGCCACAGCCGUAUAGCCCUAGCCUUGGCAAUGAUCAGGCGCCCUCCGCUGCGCCCGAUAUGGGGACUAGCAACGAAGACAAUGAUAGACGGUUCUCGCACGCCAUUACUACAGCUGGUGACACCGCCUGGCCUCUCUCAGCGGCAGCUUCUCCAUUGUUAUAUGACCAAGUGCUUGCUGACGUGCCAGAGGAGGAGGAACAGCAACAGCAGCAGAGUGCUCAUGAACAAUCGCGUCAGUCAUUACGCGGCAGCCACUCUGUUCCAAUUCUUCGAAAUUUCCUGGAGCGUUCGUCGAGUGUUACUUCGGACACUCUGGGAGAAGUAGUGGCCCCACGUGCCGUUGACGCGGACGCAGGAGAUGUUGGUCACAUGCUUCAUGAUGAUAAUUGGGAAGAUGUUAUCGAUUAUUGCUAUGAGCAUGAGGCUGAAGCUAACUUCGAUUACCAAUGGGAUCGUCCCUCAAUGGAUGUCACCCGCGACCUCCCUCCUGAGUCACCUAAGACAAAGAAGAUGCCAGAACCUCUUGACUAUGACUCGGUAGUGGCCCCUGCUUUUACUUCGACACUCUUCAUCGACGAGCCGACGUCGAACUUUUCCAGCCGUGCCUCGAGCGCCGCUGGUCACACCAGCGUUGGAAACACUCCUCAUUUGAUGCCUACCAACAAUUUCUCUCUGCCCCGUGGGGAUAAUCGCGCAUGGAAAUCAAAGAGUGCUCGCCCUACCUCAUAUGCCUCGACCUAUAAAGAGUCUCAGGGCUUCAACCUCUCACCGUCUCUUCUCAUCCCUGGCGAUUAUCACCAGCAGAUGAUGAUGACAGAAUCCGAGAGGUACGAGUACCAGGGAGAGAAUGAGGUAUACGAGGAGGCUUUUCGGGGUCCUUAUCAUGAUGAUGCGAUGGGCAAAGAACCUCUCCAAUCCUACCUGCAGCGAUCCAGCACCUCGACGACUGAGACAGUCUUCUCAUCGGAUACUACCGGUGAGCGCCAUGUCUCGGCCAACUCAACAUUUACUACCCUUACUCGCUUGACGAUGAGUAGCAGCACCACAUCGCUGAACAAGAUGGCUGGUAUUGUAGCUGAGGAGCAAUCAACCCAGUCUACAGAGAGCAAGUUGGACGAAAACGAGAAGGUCGAAGAUGAGGAGUUGGGGUCUAAAGAUACCGUCGGUGACCUGACGCCAUUCCCCGUUCCCCCAUUUGCAAAGAAGACAUUCCAUAAAAGUCAUGCUAGUGAAAGCAUCGACCGCUCGACCUUGCAAGCCCAGGAGAUGGCGAAGCCCCGGCGACCACGAGCAAGAACCUCCAGCUUAAGUGCUCAGGUCACUCCACCUAUUGGACAAUACGCUCUGUUUCCCCGUGCACCAGUCAAAGGUACAGGAGACCGAAUAUAA